AUGGAGAUAGCAAACAGAAUCAUCCUGCUCCUCUUGAUAUCAGCCAGCAUUGGUGUUGCACAAAAUGCUUCUGGAGGAGCACAUGAGGUACAUGUUGGAGUCAUCCUUGACUUGGGGUCCUUGGUCGGCAAAAUAGCAAUUACCAGCAUUUCAUUGGCUCUAGAAGACUUUUAUUCUGCCCACAAAAACUAUAGCACAAAGCUUGUUCUCCACAUCAGGGAUUCCAUGAGCGAUGAUGUCCGGGCUGCAGCUCAAGCUCUUGAUUUGCUGGAGAAUUACAAAGUAGAAACUAUCAUUGGUCCUCAGAAAUCUUCACAGGCUAUAUUUAUCUCAGACCUUGGAACUAAAAGUCAUGUUCCAAUCAUCUCAUUCACUGCAACAAGCCCAACUAUAUCCCCUAGCAGUCUUCCAUAUUUUGUACGAGCAACAUUAAAUGACUCAGCACAAGUGAGCUGCAUUGCCUCAACCAUUAAGGCAUAUGGAUGGAGAAAGGCAGUGCCUAUCUAUGAAGACACUGAAUAUGGUAGAGGUAUCAUACCAUACCUUGUCGAUGUCCUCCAAGAAGAUAGUGUGCAUGUUCCCUACCGCAGUGUGAUUCCUCUGUCAGCAACUAGUGAACAAAUUUCUAAAGAACUAUUCUAUGCAAUAUCACUUCUAUAACUAUACAAGUUAAUGACAAUGCAAACGAGGAUCUAUAUUGUGCACAUGUUCGGUGUUGGCCUCCACCUCUUCAUAAAGGCAAAAGAAGUAGGAUUGAUGGAAGGAUAUGUAUGGAUCAUAACCGAUGGAGUAACUAAUCUCAUAGAUUCUCUGCAUCCUUCUGUUGUGGAAUCAAUGAACGGUGCCUUGGGUAUCCAAUUUUAUGUUCCCAAAUCAACAAAACUGAACAACUUCACUAUGAGGUGGAAUAUGAGGUACCAAAUUGACAACCCGACUGAUCCACCAUUGAAAUUGAGCAUAUUUGGACUGUGGAGCUAUGAUACAAUCUGGGCGGUAGCACAAGCUGCAGAAAAGGUUGGACUUGCCAAUGCCACAUUUCGAAAACCAAUAUCCAAACGAAAAACAACAGACUUGGAAGCCUUGGUGACAUCUAGUGAUGGUCCAGAACUCUUGAAGGAAAUCUUGCAGAGUAAAUUUAUAGGUUUGAGUAGCAGGUUUGACCUUUCAGAUAGGCAGCUGGCUGUUUCAACAUUUCAAAUAAUAAAUAUAUUUGGGAGAGGAUGGAGAGAAAUUGGAUUUUGGACAGCACAAAAUGGGCUUUUACGGAGAUUAAAUCAAUCACAAUCAACAAAAGUACACUCAAGCUUGCUUUCAGACCUUAAUCAUGUGAUCUGGCCGGGAGAAUCCAUAGACAUACCUCGAGGCUUUGAGGUUCCUGCAAAUGGGAAGAAACUUCGAGUGGGUGUACACUCAAGUGGAUAUCAACAGUUUAUAAAGGUUGAGAAGGAUCAAAUCACAGGUGCAACUAAAGCAACUGGCCUUUCAGUUGAUGUAUUUGAAGAGGCAGUAAAGAUACUUCCAUACGCAGUGCCUUAUGAAUAUGUAUUAUUUGGCUCUCCGGAGGAUACAAGUAGUGGAAGCUAUGAUGAUUUUGUCUAUCAAGUUCAUCUUAAGGUAUACGAUAUAGUAAUUGGAGAUAUAACAAUCAGGUAUAACCAAACUUUCUACGCUGACUUUACUGUGCCAUACACAGAAUCAGGGAUAGCAAUGGUGGUGCCUGUGAAGGACAGUGUAAACAAGAACACAUGGAUCUUCUUGAAGCCACUAACACCUGGCAUGUGGCUUGGGAGCAUUGUAUUCUUUAUCUACACUGGUGUAGUGGUAUUAUCAUUGGAGUUUCUAGGCAACAACAAGAAUGUUCGUGGGCCAAUUCCCAGACAGCUCGGGAUUAUGAUCUUUUUAUCCCUAUUUGAAGAGAAAGAGAUUGUGGAAAGCUUUUUAUCUCGGAUAAAGAUGAUUGUAUGGCUGUGUUUUCUUCUGGUUGUUACAUCAAGUUACACAGCAAACUUGACAUCAAUGUUGACUGUACAACAGCUUCAACCUACUGUAAAUGAUAUCCAAGAACUCCUAAAAAGUGGAGAAAUUGUAGGAUACCAUCGUGGCUCAUAUGUCAAGGGGCUUUUGGAAGAACUCGGUUUUGAUAGAUCCAAGAUCAAGCCCUAUGAUACCCCUGAUGAUUUUCACAAUGCACUUUCAAGAGGAAGCAGCAAUGGUGGUAUUGCUGCUCUCUUGCAUGAAGUUCCAUACAUUAAACUGUUCCUUGCAAACCACUGCGAAGGUUACACUAUGGUUGGACCAAUUUAUAAGGCUGCAGGUUUUGGAUAUGUAAGUUGAAUUGCAUAUAAUUAAUAUGCUUCUUUUGCACUACAUCUCUAGAGAUACUAUGAAUGAGUUCGCCUGUUGAUUUAUUAGAAAAGAAAAGGAAAAAAAGGCAUUGCAUUCAUGUAAAAGACAACAUCCUAUAUUUCUUCUCUUAGCCUUUUAUGGCCCGCUAAAUUCUUGUGUCUUAUCAGAAUGUCUAGAGUCUAGACAUAAGCAAAAACCAAGUGUUGUUUAACCAUCAUCGCAUAAGACAAGAUUGAACCACUGCAGUCAUAGUUGCAUAUCAGUCAUUAAAAUGGCUAUGUUCUUUGUCCAGGCACUUGCAAAGGGAAAUCCUCUACUCAGUGACAUCUCAAAGGCAAUGCUCAAUGUAACAGGGGGAGAUACUAUGAUUCAAAUUGAGAAAAAAUGGAUGGGAUAUCAGAAUGACUGCCAGAACGUGGGUCCUGUCACAGGUUCAAGCAGCCUCACCUUUGCCAACU